CACUCAGGUCUCUCCAAAGCUAUAACGUCAUGACGUCAGUGGCGUGUUUGACGGUCACAGUGGAGCAACAUGGCGGCGCACAGACUCUCUCCAUCACUGAACAGGCUGCUGUUCACCGGGAAGUAUGCUGCAUUCCAGUCCAGAUGGUGUGCACUGCACAGCAACGUUAAAUAUUCCACCACCUACAAUCCUAAUGAAAAGACCUUUGAUAAGAUCCUCAUCGCCAACAGAGGAGAGAUUGCUUGCAGGGUCAUCAAGACUUGUAAGAAAAUGGGCAUUCAGUCUGUAGCCGUUCACAGUGAUGUAGACUCCACUGCUGUUCACGUAAAGAUGGCCGAUGAAGCUGUUUGCGUUGGACCCGCCCCAACCAAUAAGAGCUACCUGAACGUUGAAGCCAUCAUGGAUGCCAUCAGAACAACUGGAGCACAAGCUGUUCAUCCUGGUUACGGGUUUCUGUCUGAAAACAAAGAGUUUGCAAAGCGACUGGCAGCAGAGGGCGUAACAUUCAUUGGCCCUGACACACACGCUAUCCAUGCAAUGGGGGAUAAAAUUGAGAGCAAGCUGAUUGCUAAGGCUGCUAAGGUCAACACUAUCCCAGGAUUUGACGGAGUUGUCAAGACUGCUGAGGAAGCUGUGAAGAUCUCACAGGAAAUUGGCUACCCAGUGAUGAUCAAAGCAUCUGCAGGAGGAGGAGGCAAAGGAAUGAGGAUCGCUUGGAAUGACGAGGAGACAAGGGAAGGUUUUCGCUUCUCGUCCCAGGAGGCAGCGUCAAGCUUUGGAGACGACAGGCUGCUCAUUGAGAAGUACAUAGACAACCCCAGACACAUCGAGAUCCAGGUACUUGCUGAUAAACAUGGAAACGCUCUGUGGCUGAAUGAGAGGGAGUGCUCCAUCCAGAGGAGGAACCAGAAGGUUGUGGAAGAAGCUCCAAGUACUUUCCUUGACACAGACACACGGCGGGCCAUGGGUGAGCAGGCAGUGCAGCUAGCCAAAGCUGUCCAGUACUCCUCUGCUGGCACGGUGGAGUUCCUGGUGGACUCUAAGAAGAACUUCUACUUCUUGGAGAUGAACACACGACUACAGGUGGAGCAUCCAAUCACAGAGUGUAUUACUGGCCUGGACCUGGUGGAGCAGAUGAUCAGGGUGGCCAAAGGUUACCAACUGCAGCACAAACAAGAAGACAUCCCAAUAAACGGCUGGGCCAUCGAGAGUCGUGUCUACGCUGAGGAUCCUUACAAGUCUUUUGGUCUUCCCUCCAUUGGACGGCUGUCUCAAUAUCAAGAACCACUUAACCUAAGCAAUGUCCGUGUAGACAGCGGUAUCCAGGAAGGAAGUGACAUCAGCAUCUACUACGAUCCAAUGAUCUCUAAGUUGGUUACCUACGGAGCCACAAGAGCUGAAGCCCUUUCCAGGAUGGAGGACGCCUUGGAUAACUACGUCAUCAGAGGUGUGACCCACAACAUUCCCCUCCUGCGGGAAAUCAUCACCCACCCUCGCUUUAUCUCCGGUGACAUCAGCACCAACUUCCUGCCUGAGGUUUACCCCGAUGGCUUCAAGGGUCACCAGCUGGAGGUGAACACACGCAGGGAGCUGCUGGCCUCCGCAGCAGCGCUCUACAUCACUGCUCAGCUCCGUUCACAGAACGUUCUGGGCAACCUGAGGGUGUCAUCCACCCCUGUGAAAUGUAACCGCUGGGAGCUGUGUGGGGAGCUGGGUGAUGGACUCCAUUCUAUGGAGGUUACUAAAUCAGGAAAUGUGUAUACCGUGGAGGUGGAUGGAGAAAAGGUGGAAGUCAGUGGACAGUUUAACUUGGCCUCCCCACUGCUGCCACUGACAAUCAACGGCACAGACAGGAUGCUACAGUGUUUAUCCAGAGAUGCUUCAGGAAAGAUUGUCCUGCAGUACCUGGGCACGUCGUUUAAGCUCCGCAUUCUGUCCAAGCUGGCUGCAGAGCUGAACUCCUACAUGCCAGAGAAAGUUCCUGAAGACACUAGCAGCAUCUUGCGUUCACCGAUGCCAGGCACUGUGGUGGCUGUGUCCGUCAAACCUGGAGAUACGGUUGCAGAAGGUCAGGAGAUCUGUGUGAUUGAAGCCAUGAAGAUGCAGAACAGUUUGACUGCUGUGAAGCAAGCAAAGGUCAAACAUAUCCACUGUAAGCCAGGGGAGACGGUGGGAGAGGGAGACCUGCUGGUAGAGCUGGAGUAAAACACAACCUUUGACACUUCCAUGUGUGACAUCAGCACCGGGAUGAGCCUUACUCCUCCACAGAAGAAGAUCCACGUUGGCAAACAGACUGGACAAUAACAGACGCUUGAUUUAUCUUGCCAGUGGUCUGUCUGUGGCCCCUAGCAGAGUUUAGUUUCCCCCGAUGGUGACUCAGAGCUGAGUUGUAUCAGCUGUGUUUAAGGUAUUCUCCACGUGUAAGCCUCCUUCCUGUUGUUUGUUUGGGUGUGACUGUUUCCUGUCUUCCUUCUGCCUUUCUGUUUUGUGUGUUUUUCUAGACCUGAUUGUUAGAUUAUGUCCCCCUUUGCAUAGAAGUUUGGUGUAUGUUAAGGAUGUGAGAUCUCUACAUAGGAAAUCACCACUUCAAUACAAUUGAAGAACAUGGACCUGUUUUGAGCUGCUGACGAGAUUUUCAAAUUGAUUUGAGCACCAGAAAUUAGGAGAUGCGUAUAGCUGUCCAUAGUUUCAUAACCCUCAAGGUAUGUAGGAAAGCUUUCUGUUGUGAUUUUGUCAAACUGACACUGUACACAAAACCAAUAAAAAGCUCAUUCUUUUCUACAUGCGACUGAACUGCUGUGUGACUGCAUCACAAACAGCCUUCCGUUGUAUGCAUUCCUUAUGUUUGUACCUGAGCACCACCACUUUUUCCCUAUUUAAAUCCCAGACGUGUCCUCUCACCUGUCAGGUUACAAAGUUAACUGGCUCAAAUCAGAAGUCCUCAAGUUAACACACAGAUGAAACUCUGAUGUCCUCUGGCUUCUCUGCCUCUGCGAUUUACAGAGUUUCUGAUGGACAUUAAAAGUAAACUACUGCCAACUGUAGCUACUAUUAGCUAACGUUGGCUCAGUUUGUUAGCUGGGAUGCCCAGACUAAGUUCAGGUCACUGGGGGAGUGUUAGUGUUUGUAUCACAGACAUGUUGGACCAUCGGAAAGAUGAGAAUGCUUCAGAAUGGGAUUGUUACCGCACAAGUGGGCAACGUGACCAGGCUCAGUAGAGACGAAGAGAAUGAAGAGUACAACAAAUGGAGCUAAGAACAGAAAAAGAGAGUAAGAGACCAGAAGAUGAGAGCAAAUUUCAAUCCCAAUCGGCCCAAGUGUGUUUAUUCUCGGUGAUCCUCACCCCACCCUGUGGUGCAGACUGAUUCAGGCCAGAUUCUUUUAUGCUAAAGAGAAAACUCACCCCACCACCAGCCUGUGUGUUUUAGCAGUACAUGCUGGCACAUCUGCCACUGAAGCAUUUUCUCUGUAAUCUCACCACCAGCCCUGUACUGUUCUGGUUCUACUUCAGAGUUCAUUCAGUCACCCUGUUGAUCUGUACUAUCACCUUCUGGUUUCAAUAAACUGUUUAAACGGUAAA